AUGGAUUCAAAACCUGUUCAAACAAAUUCAAAAGUUGAUCCAAAUAUUGCAUUGAGUGACUUACAAAAGAAAUUAUUAUACAUAUUUAGAGAAUAUAAAACAAAAGAUGAAAUCCCGGAUACUUUGUGUGCCGAUACAUUACAGAAAAAAUUUAGUCGUAUAAGAAUAAAAUUUGCAAAUUUUUUAAUGGUUUUAUUCGUUAUCGGAAGUGUUGCUGUCGCAUAUUCUGGUAAACAAAAAGCAAAAGCUGGUGAAACAAUCACCAGAAGAAUUUUAGAAAGAAAUGAAAGAAUAAAAGCAAAUGGAGAUGCUCAUCACAAAUAA